AUGCCGUCGCAAAAAACUGGCUCUGUGCGUAAACGCAACAAGCCCCGUCCCUCUCCAUCUCCAUCUCCCGCUCCUACUACCGACAUGGAGGUCCUCAGUUCCCCUUCAACUACUAAAGCACGUGCCUCUCGCGCCAAUGGAAGAAAAAGUGACAAAGUCGGGGACGAAGAGGUCAGCAUGAGCUUGCUUGGAGAAAGCGAGCGGCAAGCGGCGGCCGAAGGACUGGAGCCCGAGCCUGAACACCACGAUGAGGAGAAGAGACUUAAGGCUCCAAUGUCUUCAAAGGACAAGGCUGCUAUGGCAUUACUUAUUACUCUAUAUCUAAUUCAAGGCAUCCCAAUCGGUCUCGCAUUCGGCUCCAUCCCAUUCCUUUUAAAAUCCAAACUUAGCUAUUCACAGCUUGGGGCGUUCUCUCUGGCCACAUACCCUUACAGUCUCAAAUUAUUUUGGAGCCCAAUUGUCGACUCAGUUUUCAGCCCAACAAUUGGAAGACGCAAAAGCUGGAUCGUUCCAAUGCAAUUUAUCAUCGGCUCACUCAUGCUCUGGAUGAGCUCACAUGUACAGAGCUUGAUAGAUGUUCCGGAGCCAGACGUCAACCAACUUACCACUAUCUUUACAUCUCUCGUAUUCCUUGCUGCAACUCAGGAUAUUGCUGUCGACGGCUGGGCCUUGACACUCCUUUCCAAAGAAAAUCUAUCUUAUGCUUCCACAGCUCAAACUAUUGGAUUAAACACAGGAUACUUCCUUUCUUUCACUGUAUUCUUGGCAUUCAAUAGCGCAGAUUUUGCAAAUAAAUACUUCCGCAGUGUACCUUCAGAGAUACCGUUGUUGUCUCUUGGCGCAUAUCUUCAGUUCUGGGGCUUCGCUUGUUACGCCGUCACACUUGGCCUUUUGAUUUUCAAGAAGGAAGACCCAGUUGCAGCGGACGACCCAGACCUCAACCUCAAGAAAGUGUAUGAGAUCAUGUGGAGUAUCUGCAAGCUCAAACACGUCCAAUCCAUUUGUAUCAUUCAUCUAGUCGCCAAAAUUGGGUUUCAAGCCAACGAUGCCGUCACAUCGCUCAAACUCGUUGAAAAGGGGCUCAGCAAAGAAGACCUCGCUUUAGCUGUACUCAUCGACUUUCCAGCCCAAAUUAUUGGCGGGUGGAUUUGCCGCUGGCGCUAUGGCACUCGUCUAUUUCUUCCCAAACAUCAACCUGUUCCGUCGAGCUACUUUUGGGGAAUCGUAGCUUUUACGGUCCUCGGUUCUUUCUCUUCGACGGUACAAUUUGUCGGUGUUUCGGCUUUCCAUACUCAGAUUUCGGACCCGCUCAUUGGAGGAACCUAUAUGACUCUCCUGAAUACCGUCAGCAACCUCGGUGGAACUUGGCCGCGGUACUUUGUGCUCAAGGGAGUAGAUAUGUUUAGCGAGGCGACAUGCCAUGUUGAACAAGAGGGGUCUGAGAUCCUCAUGAAGGCCACCGAGUGUGUAUCCGAACACGGUAAGGCAACGUGCACCGACUUGGGUGGUACGUGCGUAACCGAACGAGACGGAUACUACAUUGUAUCUUGGAUAUGUAUCGGCUUGGGUGCCUCUAUAUUAGUUUUCUACAUCUGGCCAACUGCGAAACGACUUCAAGCGUUGAAGCGUUCGCAAUGGAGAACCCACAUAGUAACUUCAGGCGCCAAGCCGAGCCGUCGCGUACCUUUCGGAAUUCCAUCCCAUGCCGUUCCGGCUCGUGCUUGUCCGCUUUUCCCCGCGGGGGUACUCUGCUGA